UGGCCUUUUAAACUACAGUUAUUUGAACCAUUAGAAGGGUAUAAAAUGUGCUGCAAAUCUUUGAACUAUAUUCAUCGAAAUUACUGAGGGAACGCCACCAAUGUUCGGUUCGGGAAGAUGGUUGUUGCAGAAAAUUCGGGUUCCACGGAGCUCUCCUCAAAGGUUUGCUUAAAGUUUUAUGUAUGCUUUACUGAGUCCUCUGAUCGGAUAAUCGCCAUCAGAACUUAUUUCCGCCAUUUUGUGUGCAUUGUGAGUCAUCAAAAACUUUUUUUUUCUCGUUCAAUGCUCUGUCAGAUUUCAAACGAGCGGCGAUCAAAGAACUCAAUGUCGAUUCUGCUAUGAGCUACUGGUUCUAGUCAAUUCUUUCUCCCACACUAAAUCAGACGUUAUUUUGCUCUUGAGCACUAAUUUUUGAUUUAUACGUUAACUGUUGAGAGAUCUAGCAUGAUUUUGUUACCAUUGUUUCUUAUUACUCGGUUUAAAAAUGGUGUUGGAUAGUGGGAUUUCUCGAAAUAGGAUCGAUCUCUGACACAGUAAAUUUCUUCGAAGCUUGGUGGUAUAUCACGAGUAGAAGAGAAGUAUCUUUCGAAGUAUUUCUCCUCGAUUGUGGAUAGUGGUCAUUUAAACAUGCAAGCGGUAAAAGAGGCUUAAUCUUUCAGUAUCAAUGGUGUAAUUCUAUUUUUAAUUUCGCGGAAAGUGAUAAAUAUAUCCACCAUUUCUGGGUCGGACAUCGACAUUGACGAGCGUCACACGCUUGACAAAGUUUGACACUGACAACAGAUCAGUUUCCCGCCUCUGCUUCGGUUAUUCACGGCCGUUAAACCUCGCAAGAUCGAUGGAGAAUAGAUUUUUCUUGGUUUGGUUCUAAAAAUUUGUCUUUAGCUCUUAAAUUUGUCUCUGUUUUUAUAUUUAACCCUGCUGAUGAGGAAAAGGUGGAUCGUGCAAUCUAUAAGUUUACAUGUUUUCGUCUCGGGAGAAGAUUUACACCUGUCCGGUUUUUAGGAAAAUAAAUUUCCGUUCGAUUUCCUUGUAUAAUUUUGUGUCAUCAUUAAAGCUUGGCUCAAUUAAAAAUAUGAAACAGUAUUCAGUAUAUUUUUAAUCCUUUAAGCUAAAAGCUGGGCGACUGAGUUUUAGCUGAAAAAACUCUUCUUUGUUUAUUUUUAUACGUGGUUACUGAAAAAAGUGAAAAGUGCUUAGGAGUACAAAACCUUUUAGGGAAUUCAAUUUUUAAACAUUUUCUUUUUAAAUAACACUUUUUUGUUUCUUUGGUACUUUUUCAAUGUCUAUUUCAAUUAAAAAAGAAAAAGUAUAAUUUUUUGUAACUAGGUUAAGUUUUUUGUCUAAAAAUACAUGAAACAAGAAUGCAAAUUAUGUGUUUGGCCUAUUAAAAAACAACCUUAAACUAUUUCGCAGACGUUUCGUAAUAAAGGUAGCAAUUUCUGUCUAUUUAUUGCUAGUUUUUAUCUUUUACAGUGCAUUUUGUAUUAAGGAAACUAAUUUUGAAUUCAUUUUUGCCUGCACCUGGUUAUUGAUUGCAUAGGUAAAUAACAGACACAAAUUAUUUUCUGUGUUAAUUGCUUUAUCUGUUUGCUUUUAUCGUCCAGAAUAUUUUUAUUGGGGCUGCUCUUGCUAUUGUAGGAAAUCUACUAAUCAGCAUCUCUAUGAACAUACAGGUAAAGGCAAAAGUGUAUACCCUAAUAUACCCUUGUAUAAGGGUGUUGUUGCUUGAAGUUUGAGAUUGUUAAUUAUUUAUUUAAGAUCUCCCCCACAUUGUUAACUCAAAUAAAUAGUUCUCACGUGAAUUUGGAAUAAAAUUUUUCAUUUUUGUUUUCUAUCUUAAGUCAUGUUUUCUAUUUCAAAACAAUCUUUGUGUUUUUAGGAUGUGUAGGUUUUUAGAUCAAACAAGACUUGUUUGAUCUAAGAACCUACAUAUCCUAAAAAUGCAAAGUUUGUUGUCUUUUGUUUUCAUACCUCAAGGAAAGGGUAUGAAAAGCUAGACAGAAUCCAGUGCUUUGAACCUGUGAAAUCUAGGGUACCCAGGGUAUGAUUUCUAGUGGAAAUCAAUGAUUUUCCUGUUGACCAGAAGCAAAUGUUAGGUGCCAAGGGCCACUAGGGCCAGCUACAUAUAGAACACAGCUUUGGAAAGAGAGUUUUUCAAAUACUUUAUCUUGUUAAAAGUCUAGACAGUACAUUACUUCCUUAUUUUUUUAUGUGUUCAAGUGUCCAAGAAACACAAGAGCAAACUAAACAGUUUGCUUUCCAAAAAAUCCUUAAAUUAAUUACCUUGUGCAUGGUCUAAUAUUAUUUCAUAUAUUUGUACUGUUCUAAGUAUCUUCAGAUCCUUAGAUAGUUAUGAAUGAAAAAGAUUCCUUGGAUGGAUUAACUCAUCCAUUAUUAAAAAUACUGCUUAACGUGUAAGAAGUGUAUGAUAGUUUAUGCUAAAUUGUUUUCCCUGAGACCAAACCUUAAAAAAUAUUGCUGAUUUGUUUUUGUUGUUGUUGGUUUUUUGUACUUUGCAUGAAACAGAAAUAUUCUCAUCUUCGCCAAGCAGAGGAAAAAAGUGAAACACAUUAUUUAAAGAGUAAAAUAUGGUGGUAUGUGUUUGAAUUUCUUGCUACAUGCUGUAUUUUUCUAGUUUAUGGAUCAGAUAGAAUUUUCCUAAUUAAUUAUUUAUGGAAAGGAAAAUGUAUGAUGUAUUUCAUUUACACUUUGGUUGUCAGUGUAGAAUACAUGUAAUUUAAUCAGCCCCAUGAUUUUUAAUACUGUAAGCUGUUAAAUCAAAUUUUUACAAGCUGUAACAAAAAAAAUACAUGUUCUGACGUGUAAAAAUUUGCUAUACUUAAAUUUCAUCAUAAGAUCUUUGAUAAGGUCUCUAAUGCAUGGAUUCUUCCCAUAAAUGAAAACAUGUGAAUAAGAAGAAGAAGAAGAGUAAUAAUAUUAUUAUAAAUAUAAUUUCAUUAUAUUGAUGUUGCCUGCCCAUUCAACACCAAAAUAGUACUUAAGCAAGGAAAUAGAGAAGACUGAUAAAUACUGUGACCUGAAAUACAAGAUCAAAUGAAUUUGGAACUGUCAUUCAAUUCAAGUCAUUUCAAUAGUAAUUGGUUCACUGGGAACAGUUUCAAAUGGAUUUGAAAUGUGGCUGAGACUGUUGGGAAUGCCAUAUUGCAUGAAACCUUUUACAACAAAUAACCUUGCUGAGGUCAGGAAGGAUGCUGCAAAAAGUGCUGGACACUUAAUUAUAUUAAGGACAGAAUGAUGGCACGGAGUAUCCUAGGCCACAGGCAGCGUGACCCGAUACUCAGUAACAUUUCCUGCAUUAUGUAGUGAUAAGCUUACAAUAACAAUGAUGGUAAUAAUAAUAAUAAUAAUAAUAAUAAUAAUAAUAAUAAUAAUAAUAAUAAUAAUAAUUCAGAAGAUUAUUGGUUACCCCCAACCAAACUCCCAGGGUACUUAGGAAGCUCCUGCCCUCUAGCAUGGAUUGAAGAACAUCUCUCUAAGUGUCAGGGCUGACUCAUGACUUUAAGUGAGGAGGCUGUGGAGUCUUUCCUCAUAGUAAGUCUUUAUUUUUUGGAAAAAGUGAAGACAGCUUAGACUCCCCAGCACUCCCAGUACAAAUAAUCACAGAAGCACUGGCUAGUCAGAGAAAAUAUGUCAAGAAAAUUCUCUCCUUGAUCACUCAAAUGAACUGCAAUACACCUUUCAGGGCCUUACAAAUUAAAACUUUCUUGGAGAAGGCACACUCGCCAAAUGAAAGAAGGGGGCAACCCCCCCCCCCCAGCCCCUCCCAUUCUAACCCCCAAGUGUGGCUUUGCCACGUAAAAGGUGCUGAUUUGCUUCUAAUCUGCUCUAUUGCUGCCUAUGUAAUUUUUUUUGCAUACAUUGUUUUAAUUUUUGUGGAAAAUCCUUAACUCCUUGUGUACACUGUAGGAAGUAAGUGCAAACCAUUUUAAUUGUUGUUGUUAUUAUUUUUAUAUUUCUUAUUAUUUCUUCUUAUUUUUAUAAUUAUUAUUAUUUUGUUGCUAUUAUAUUAUUAGGGUGGGUCUUACUUUAAUGGUUCUUGGAGAAAUAGGAAACUUCUCAGCAUAUGGCUUUUCUCCAGCUUCAUUGGUUGCUCCCCUAGGAACAACUACUGUCAUUGGUAUGUUAUGUUUUUCUUGUCUUUCUUUAAUUACAAAAAUGAAUGGAGAGGAGAAGUCAGUCUUGUUACAUUUACACCACGGUAGCAAGAUUUCUGGAUUAGAAACCAGAAACAUCACUUAAAAGAGUGAAUUUGCACUGUAUCAAACUUCAUGGAUCUUAUUCAGUUUCAUUUAAUUUGUCAAAUGUUGGCAAAAUUUUCUGGGAUAGAAUCCAGAAGGACCGUAUCUACUUUGUAAGUUACGAAGAGAAAAAGAAAAUUUUUGUAUUGUUCACCUGCUUCAUAAAGCCCAGUCAUUAUUUUCAUCCUUGUUUCAUUGCCAGUCUAAUUUACCAUGAACUUUACAUGUAAUUCUAAGGCUAAGUUCAAACGUCGAAUUUCUUAUGUGCCGAACUUAAUGUGAGAGUUAAAUGCAUGUGAGGUGCGACGUUUGAAUCAAUUAAAUGCAACGUAUCUGCGACUGAAACAGUUUAAGAUUUGACUUAGGUUCGACUUUUGAUUCAAACGUCGCAUUUCAUGUGUGCUGAACUUAAUGCAUGAAUUUUAGUAACUUAUUAUUAUAUUACUGGGAAUAUUGACAGCGAGCAGAGUUAAAUCUGACAGAGUUCAGAGAGUUAAAUUCAAUGUUUGAAUCAAAUGCAGUAUUUAACUAUUUUAGUUGACUAAAAUAGGAAUUAAUUUUGGCACAUGUGAAAUUUGAUGUGUGAACUGGGCCUAAUAGUUAUUUUUUAUUAAUCUUCCUUUGAAGCUAAUGCCAUUAUAGCUGUGGUGUUUCUGAGGGAAAGAGUGAGAUAUCAGGAUGUGUUUGGUAAGUAUUGUACUACUACGUGAGAAAUUUCUGCAAUUUGAUUGGCUUAGAGCAGUGGUAUUUCAGCUUAAUUUGAAAUACCUACAUGUGAAAAUUACAAACCUUUUGCUAGUAGUAGUAUAAGCAAAUAAUAGCAUGAUUUGUAUGUGAUAUUUGGCACAAAUACCACGUGUGAUAUUUCAAAAUUGACUCAAAUUUCACUCGCCUAACGGCUUGUGAAAUUACGUAUAACAAUUUUGAAAAAUCAUGCAUGGUAUUUAUGCCAAACAUCACUAAUUACCUAUACUAAUUUCAUCUGUUGAUAAUAAUAAUAAUAAUAUCUACAUUUAGAUGACAAUUUAGUGAGGGCACAUCAACAGUGUCAUUCUUUAUCUACCAUUCUGAAUCAAAUUGGAAAUAUUGUCAUGGGUUAUAAUCAAUGAUCGAUCAUUUGGGUUAAUCCAAUAAUUUCUGAUUAUCGAUUAUCUAAUCUUAGUCAAUUCCCAGAGUUCUCAGUAAGGGCUGGCGGCCGGCGAAUUUCACCAGCUAUUUCAUGUGACUCACUGCCUACUUUUCUUCAGAAAUUACCCCCCAAAAAAGCCAAAAUUUAAUGAUGUCUUUGUUCUGUUCAACACUCUAAUUUUUGCUCCAGAAUGCUGGAAAUGCACUCUAAGAGGCCCAUAUUUCAAAAGUUUUCCCGGGGGCAUGCCCCUGGAUGGACCACCCCUUGUGACUCAUGCAACCACCCAUUAGACCAAAAAACCCCUUACUAAGAUGUACAGUUGUAUAAGUCCAGGGCUUACAAAAAUGGACUUGUAUAAGUGGCAAUUUAUGGCAUGGUGCUUGACAAAGUAAUGGUUGCUAAUAACAACAUAUCAAACACUUUUUCUCCUUUUGCAGGUGUUACCCUUGCUAUUGUUGGAGCUUUCUUGCUCAUAACCUUUUCGACAAAGGUAUUGUGUUUAAAAGCAGUUAAAGUUAAUUUAAGGAAGCAAUGUUCCUACAGCGACUGUUGAUGGCUAAAUCAGUGGAACCAUGUUGGUUUAGUAAUGCUUGUAGUUUGUUUCAGAAGUCAUGCUGUACUUGUUAAUAUUGUUUCAGUCAUACCUUUUGCUUUCCUUUGAAAUUUGAACCAUGUCUUUUAAAUCACUUAUUGGAAAUUUUCUGUUAAACUGCAACAGGGUUCGCGCAGUCAUGAAAAGUCCCUGAAUUUUAGGGGAAGUCCUUGAAUUCCAUUUUACCCUUGAAAAGUCAUUAAAUUUUUCUCCUUCUUCAACUUUGAAUGAAGUGGCAUGAAAAGUGUUUUUUAAUGCUUUUUGGUUGUCCAAGACAGAAUAUAAUCAUAGCUCAGAGAAGUUAAAGGUGAUUUACAUAAAGCGUUUUUUGUUUUAUGCAAUAAUUAACUAUUAAUAUUUUAUUACAAGUGUAAUGAAAAAUGUAGAGAGUUUGGUGGAGCAUACAGUUCAAGCUUUAAAGUCCUGUUAGAAUGGACUGGGAAUGUGCAUUUUUGUACAAUCUGUGAAAUUGCCUUCCUGGUAGGAGGUCCUUGAAAAACAAAUGUGGACCUUGGAAAGUCCUUGAAAAGUCCUUAAAAGAUAGUUGCAAUUUUUUGUAUGAACCCUGAAAAAAAGAAGACACAGAGGAGUGGAAGCAGAGAAAAAUCACUUUUUUAUGGUAAUAUUUUAUGAUGGAAAUAAAUAUACAUUUAUUUAUGUCUCAAUCAGGAAUUUUCAGAAUUAACAGGACAGGAGUUGGCAAUUUAUCUGAGACAGUGGCCCUUCCUUAUCUACUUGGUAUGGUAUUAUAGUUUAUCAAAUAAAUUAAUGGUGCUUUUGCUUGUAGGAUGGUUAUAAUAUUCAGCGUGCAAAGAAAGUUGUGUCUGAUAACCCGGGGCUAGUGGAUUUUGCUGUCGGGCUAGUGAUUUUUGUUCUUAACUUGCCCGAUGGGCAAGAGCUGUUUUGGGGGGAAAUUCAAAUUACAGAAGGAUUGUAAUCCAUCCUGCCAAUCAAAAAGGGUUUUCAGGCUAGCUGAAAUGACUUGUGGGCUAGUACAUGCUAGCUACAGCUUGCCUGAAUGGCAGGCUGUAAAACUGACUUUCUUUGUACCCUGAUAUUGUUACAUGGUUUCAGGCAUCCCAGACCUCCUAUGUUUCCUAUUUAUCCUAUAAUUUGUAUAAGAUCCUAUAAAGAGCCUAUAUUUCAAAAAAUCCUGUAUUUUCCUAUAAAUAGGACAUAUUCUGAUAUCUGCAUUUUGCACUGUGAAGCAAUUUUGUUGUGUUGUUUUAACAAAAUCAAAAUUCUGUAUCAGUGGAAAUGGUAUUUUUUUAAUUUUUUGAAAAUUUUUUAUCCUAUUAAGAGCCUAUAUUUUGGCAGAAAAUUCCUAUAUUUUCCUAUAUUUUGAACUUAACAGCCUAUUUUUCCUAUCAGAUUUUCCAAAAAGUGGCUGGGGUGCCCGUGGCUUGUAAAGACUUGAAAAGCACUUCAGCCACCGUCUCAUAAAAUCUUGGCAUCUUACUUGAGUUGUGGAAGAGUUCUUGAACUUUAUAUCACAGGGUUUGCAAAUUUUAUUGAUGAGUGGAGUCAGUGUGACUCUGCUUCACAAAUUUUGGAGUCAUUUUAGAAUAUUUGGAGUCAAGUAUCACAACGAAAAAAGCCAUUUUCAGACUUUCCAGCACGUGGUCGUGGCAUGUAUACACUAUCGUGAGGUAUACGCAAAGUAGCUGUGGCAGUCCGCUGACCUGGAAAGCUCAAAUCUAUGAUGGCCGUCAUCGAGUAAACUUUGAGCGUAAUUUACCCUCUUCCUGUUUUGUCGUGCAGUAUAAUAUUCUUUAAUUUCAAUGAUUUAAUUAAGGUUUACAACGUUUACAAUUAAUGUAAAUUGUACUUGUUGUGAAAAAGGUGAGGACAAAACUGUGUUUGUAACCGAAAAUUUCUGGAGUCGAAGUGACUCCCUCCGUAACCUCAGUGGAGUCAUCUGAACAAUUAUUUUGGUGUAAAAUACACAGUUGCAAAAUAGUUCUUUCUCUACCUUUCUCAAAACAAAUACAAUCUAUCUGAACUGCAGACAUUUGAAACCUGAUUUAAACAGACUAAUUUAAGGUAUAUUCUACAUGAAGAGGCUAAAUUACAAUAAAGAAAACUCGAACAAUGAUCACCAUCAUGGAUUUAAGCUUUUUGAGGUCAGUGGACUUUCACAUGAGGCCGCAGCUACUUUAUGUUUCCAUCAUGAUUGCGCAUACUUGCCAGAGCGAUGCGCUGGAAUGGCAUCCGUGUCGAAAAGACCAAGGGAAGAACCAUUGAAGGAAUAUCACAUUGCUUUUUCCGUUGUGUUAGUUGACUCCAAAUAUUCCAUAAUGACUCCAAAGUUUGUGAAGCAGAAGUCACACUGACUUUACCCAUCAACAAAAUUUGCAAACCGUGUUAUUGUAUGUGGAUUUUAGGACUUAAAGGGUAAAUGUAAAAGUAUAGUAGAAAAGCCUGCCAGGAAGUUGAGAAAAUUUCAGUAUGUUAAGUCUGUGUAUGUGUUGAAUAUAAGCCUUGACAGCAGUAAUUUGAACUUGUUUUCAGGCUCUGGAAGCUGUGAUAUUCUGUGGCUUACUGUUUGCUCAGUGGCGCUAUCAGUUGGAAAAUGUUGUUAUAUUCCUUCUUCUUGUGGCAUUGUUAGGUACUUUUUUUUAUUGUAACAAUAAUAUUAUUGGAUUAAGCUGUUCCAUGUAUCAAUGUGAUUUUUAAAAUGAAUUGCAUAAACUGAGGGGCCCUCCGUUGUGACUGCUAACAGCAGCAUAAUAAUUCUGGCUAUUGCAUUGGUGUCUAAAUUUUCUAAAAUACAGUGUUUGAUCCAGAAACAACAGAUUUUAACAUGAUAUAAAAUUAUUUAUUUUAUAAACACCAAUGAGCUUUUGUGCAAAAACAUGAUAUCUUCAAAUGUAAAAAUAACAUUUUAACUUCACACAUGAAAAGAUCAGUGUUGCUAUGGCUACAAAUAGUUUGGUAUUUCAUUGGUGUGUAAAAACAUUACAUAGCUGCUUGGAGAUACAAAAUUUCUUUUUGAGUAUUGAAAAAUAUAUCAAUUGUUUACUGUGCUCACACCCAAAGAGAAAUUUUGUAUCUUUGCUCGGCCAAGUAAUAUCCUCUAUUUUUUAUAUAAACACCAAUGAAAUACCAGGUGAGCUUUUGUGCGAAAACUUGAUAUCUUCACAUGUGAAAAUAUCACCUUUGCUAUGGCUACAUAAUAAAUUGUGCCUUUCACAGCAAAAAACUAUUAAAGUGAAAUGGUUUGGUAUGUCAUUGGUGUUUAUAUAAUAAAUAGAACAUUACAUGGCUGCUUGGAGAUAUGAAAUUUGUCUUCUUGUGUUGAAAAAAUUUUCACUCGUUCGCUGCGCUCACACGUGAAAUAUUUUUCAACACUCGAAGAGAAAUUUCAUAUCUCCGCACAGCCAUGUAAUAUCCUCUAUGUAUCCACCACAUAAUGUUGCUUAUUAACAUUACAUGUGAAGUUGAUGUUUGACUUAGUGCUAAUGCUCAACAUUAUUCUUUUGUGUAGGCUCACUUACUGUCAUCUCAGCAAAGGCUGUGUCUUCCAUGAUUAAUAUAACCCUAAGUGGGAACAGUCAGCUAGGACACCCAUUGUUGUAUGUUAUGCUGAUUGUGAUGAUUUCAACUGCUAUCGCUCAAGUCAAGUAAGUCAUGUUGUGCAGUACUGUCACUCAUCUCUUUUUUCACUAAUUGAAGGGUAGCAUGGAAUAGAGUGUAAGGCCUCAGGUGUCCCCUGAUCUAAUGCAUGGUUCUCUGGAAGCUCCAGUAAAGGGCAGAGGUGGCUAUCUAAUUGCCAUGAAUGUGCUGGCUACUCAUUGAAAACACUUACUGUAAAUCCUCUAUUAAGCUAUUAUUAUUAUUAUUUUUUUCAAGCACCUUUGAGGGGGAGGGCAUAUUUAAUUUAGCUAAACCCAUCAACAGGAGCAAGGUUUCUUGAGGAUGGACCUGUGGUUCCCGGGCGUUAUACUGCUUUUUUAACAAUAAGAAAAAAUAAUAAUUAAAUGGUAACAAUUCUCCACAGAGAACUGGAGCAUAAAGUUGAAAAAGUUAAGCACAUGAAGUUGGAGGUCGUGCAGCCAAAGACCAAAAACAAUAUGAAUCUCCAGCCUGAAUAAACCAUAACUGAUCAGUCCAAGUUAAUUUUUUGUGAAGAAUAAGGAUGGAGAGGAAGAGGAGUGGGGGUCUUAAUAGAGAGGCGGAGCUCAUUAACUUUCCUCCUCUGAAAACGAGGUUUAUGGUAUUUUUUCAUCCAAUGUUUUUGCUCAAAAAAGUAAAUCCAAGUGAAUAAACUUGUUGCUGUCCUCCAUCUCCCUGAUUGCUCAAAAUAGACUGAAACUGCAUAUUUUUCAGGACCCUCAAAAUCAAAAUUUCCCCUUGGGAAGCCCCCUAAACUCCCCUAAUCAAAGAGGGGUACCCCCUUCCCAUACCUUCCCCUUCAAGUGGGUGCACUGCAUGAAAGGUACUGUGCCUUUGAUCUACCUACUUAAUUUUUCUCUUUCUACUUCUAAUUUUCUGAAGAACCCAAAAUUCAAAAGGCAAAUUGGAAGGUGAAUCCACCUACUAUUAACGCCAAAAUUGCGUUUUAUACUUAUAGUACAUCCAGUUCAAAGUAAAAUUUUCAAGAGUUAUGAUUGGCAGAAGUGUACUUAAGCUAGUGAAUUGAGAUUUUACGUAAUAUGCAUGUAGCUUUCCGAUUUGUAGUUAGUCAGAUGGAUCUUUUGUUUUUAUUAAUAGGGGAUUAUAUUUGUUUUCCUUUUUUUCCAGAUUUUUGAACCGAGCCAUGCAGUCCUUUGAUGCUACUGUUGUUGUUCCCACAAAUUUUGUUUUGUUUACAAUUAGUGCUAUAAUAAGUGGUAAGCUUCUUUUUUUAAAAUCAAUAUUUAUCCAGGGGCAUCCAAUUUAGCAGAGCUAGUUUAAAUGGAGCCCUGACACAACACAAAAACAAAGACAUUAAAACUAGACAAUUAAGUUACAAAGGCGACAUGAACCGCAGGCAUUACUGUUUAACAUGGCACUUUAGCUUUAUUUUGAAUUCGCUGAGCGUCUCAACCUGUCUAAUGAUUCUCGGUAGGAUGUGGUAGGUCCGAGCACCGUUUAUUCUGAAGCGACUUGAAGUUAAGAAAUGAAAGAUGUAUACAUGUUGUUAAGAAUUCACCAUCUUGACUUUAAGAAUCCUUGAAUGCCAGGACUGCUUGGGAAAUCCUUUUCUUAAGUCUUGAAUUUCUUAUAGAAUAUGAUGCAGCAAGCAAGAAAUGAAUGUGGUUAAUGAUAAUGAAUUCAUGAAUAAAGUCCAUAGCGAUACCCUUGACCUGACAUGACUUUAAUAUUGAUUCUUAGAUAAAUAAAGAAUCAAAUAUAGAUAUGUUUUCUUAAUUUUAGGUAUUGUUUUAUAUAAAGAAUUUUAUGGGCUUACAUUCUUGGAAAUAUUUAUGUUUCUAUUUGGGUGAGUGCCUUUUGUCUUUGUUACCAUUUAGUUACGUUGAUGUUGAUGUCUAAGUAAUGACCCAAAAAGAGGCUGUGUCCAGGCGGUCUUGUUCAUUUUGACUAUAGGUAUCUUUAUGCGCUAUGGAACUGAAUGCCAGAAAAGAAAUUACUUGUGAAUGACAAAAUUACAGCUCCCUGUUCAACCAAUAUGCCUUCUAAGCGUUAUAUCAAACGUUACAAACAACGAAAGUGAUUUUUGAUAAACUGUUACGCUAACAAUUUCAAAACCCUUAAUUGCAAUUUGUUUGAAUCUUGUUCAACUUUGUCCAUCUAUUACCGUUGUUAUUUAGACCUUUCUUUUAGCGUAGUAUGGGGUGGAAAACUUUAGCUGAUCUAGCUCUGGUAUAGGGUAAGGUUUCCAGGGUCCUUGCAGCAAAUCCCCAUCCAAAAAUUCCUAAAGUACCCUCACGGAUCGUAAUACCAUAGAAUUUCACCCACAGUCAGUGUGACAAUAAAUCUUUCCAUAGCUUGUCUAGAGUGAAAGUAUAGACAAUUAUAAUUUAUAAUUUUGAAACAUUGAUUUUCCUUUACAGAUGUGUAUUGUCAUUUAUUGGAGUGUAUUACAUUACAUCUGAGAGAAAACAGGAGGAAUCAGAAGAGCAGUUGCUCCUCACAAAUGCCGACCUGUUUCCUGGUAUGUUUAGAAUUGGGUUGGGUAAACUGAGGUGAAUUAUCUUUUCUUUGAGCCUUUAAAGGCCGAUUUACACAGUACAACUCUUUCGUAUGCACUUACGAUAAGAUUACGACAAGAGUUUCAUUGUCCCCUUUUCGACUUCUGCAGCACAAUUCAUUGUACCUCUUUAAAUACCUUUUUAAAAACUCUACCCUCAAAGCACAACACAUAUGCUUUAUUUACCAAGCGUCAGGUCAAGAUGGCGGUAUACUGGCCAAGUUCUUUUUUGGCGUGAGACGAGGUUGAGGUCAAUAAAAGCGUAAAACAGAACGAGGCCAGUAUCCAGCCAUCCUGACCGAACAAACUUGGUCAAUAGAGAAUUUAUUAUACGGCGAAAAAGAGAACUUUUUUCUUGCGGGACCAAGGCGGGAAAUCCCGAGCGGGCAAGGAAGUCCCAUCUUGCCUGCUCGGGUAGCCAAUCAGAACGCAGGAUUCGCGGAUUCAGCCAUUUAAUAAAUUUGCCUUUUCAACCAACGGUGAGGUCAGGAUAUCUCGAUGUUGGCCAAGGUCCAUAAAAACGCCAAAAAAAAGGAAGAAUGAUCCCAGAAGAAACCAUUUUUGCUCACUUGUCGAUCCGCGAUUGAAUUAGACUACGAGUAGUCCCCCAUUUUUCCUCAGGGAUAGUAGAGCGAACAAAACGCGAGCGCGCGUGAAAAUCAACCCACGCGAGAAAAGGCGACACGCGGCGAGGAGAGAGAAAAAAGUGUCGCCUUUUCUCGCGUGGGGUGAUUUUUCACGCGCGCUUGCGUUUCGCUCGCUCUACUAUCCCUUCGGAAAAAUGGGGGACUACUCGUAGCCUACGAUUGAAUGAGAGGUUAUUUUUUCUUGUUAGGAUUCUUAUCCUUGUCGUCAUCAAAGCUUAUUGCAGUUCAGCCAAGCAAUAUGUUGACCGCAUCUCAUGUUGAGUAUCCCAUGCUGCCUGGCAAGCCAACAUAUGAAUCAACCGCUGACACACAGCAGUCUCAGGGAGAAACGUAGUCCGCGCCGCUCGGGUCAGCGUUGUCGUGGAACAGCAGAGGUCAAUUUAAUAUAACUUUUACAGGUGUAAUUUACAAGUGUGGCUAUUGUUUUCAGACUCUAAAACAAUGGCUGCACUUGUAAAUUACACUGGUAAAAGUUUUAUUAAAAUUGACCCCAGAAUUCGCUAAUUAAAUUAUAUCUGCUUUAAACGUGAUAUUCAUAGGGUUUUUUUAUAUAAAAAGGUGGUUUUUUCCUUUUGCCCUAAAUGCGCGUAUAUGGAAAGUAGAAUAUGGAUCCAGUAGUAAAUUAUUUGUUUCAAUUGUGUAACGUUGUAUACAAACUUCUCCACUGUGGAAAAGUUUAACUUAAAUGGGUUAUUGAAGAUCUCUGAAUCAGAUAGGCUCGAGAAUUCAGUAGAGCAGUGAAGAAAACGUACAUAAUGCAGAGCUGCAAAGAGUCGACCUUUGGACAAUGUCCGACGAAAGUUGGCCCAUCUCCGAAGAAAUUCUAUCUGCGGCCAGACCUGUAGGCUUGCUCAGUGAGGGUCACAAAAACCUGGGUUUUGUCCUCUCUAGAAUUCAAUCGCGCUUUGUUGUUCAUAGUAGGGUCUUUAAGAUCCAACGACGCGAUCGCAACGAAAGCGUGAAAAAAACAAUUGGUUUAGUAAGCAAAACAACAACUUUGCACGUGCAUCACACUUUUUGUACAUUUCUUUGCCGUUUCUGCACGACUACGACGUGAAAAUGCCUAAUUUCGCGUUUUAAGGUGAUCUUACACGGGACGAUUCGCAACGACGAUUUUUAGCGCAACCCAGCAUUGCAAUGUCGGAACAGUGUUGUAACUGUUAAUGAUAUAUGAAAUAAAUCAUACAUGAACAGUAGCUAUUCGAAACAAUGUCGC